CACAACCUCCAACAAGUAAGACACCGCCCCCCACGGGAUUAUGCAGCACCUGAUUCCGUGAAAGAGUUGUGAUCUGGUUUACGCCAAGUUUGCUACUUCAAUCGACUGCAACUGGAGCUUCCAUAUGGAGAAGGAUGACGGCAGGAGCUCUUCCUGUCAAGAAAAUGAAGAUGACCAGGCCGCGCCGCCCUCGCCAUCUCCUUCAUUACCUAACUUAAUGGCUUCAGCCGAGACACAUCCAUCCGCAUGCUCUGCAACUCCGAAUGGUGAAAAGUUCCAGCCCUUCGAUUCCAAUACCGCACCUCAGAUCGAAACCGGCCUGCCCCCUGAACUUUGGACCCUCAUUAACUCUGUCCCGGCCACUUUUCCCCCACAGUACUUCCUCGAGGUCUCUCGUAAUCUUCUCGAGAAUCCCAACUUGACAGCGUCAUAUCUUUCUCGGGCAGAGCUCUCGUACUCCAGUUUCACAGACGCUUCUUACAACCCCGCUGCCCAGCAUCCUCAUGAUCUAGCGCGCAUCAUCAAGCACCUGAAACCCGACCACCAGCCAUUGCUCGUUCCAGGAGGAUUUCCCGGAUACGCACUCGAAUGGACCGUAGUCCGCAAGCUCAUACCACGAAACCCAAAGCUUGAUGCACCCUUAUUGCAGACAUGCCACUUGUUCAUCUCCCACGAACCCAUCAACAUCACCAAUCCGGAGUCAGGAACUACGGAGACUGUGAAGGCGGAAAGGUAUCUGGUAGUAUACAUACCACACGCGUCCACGCCUGAAGAAAUCCCCUUUUACCAUCCCACCGUCCGCCAACUCGCGAUCCUCUAUACCUGGCUCCCAUCCUCUCCCACGUCCGUCCCCAGCCCUGGCACCCUGUCCCUUUUCUACACCCUCUUCCAUUCCCACUCCCUCACAACUCGUCUCAGCCGGACCGCCCUCAAGAUGCUCGAGAUCAUACACAAGCACUCCCGUGGACGAAUGGCAGGUUACCAAAAGCGCGUGCAGCACGACGUCAUCAUCUCGCAGAAGCGGUUCCAAGAUCGCUAUGUGGAGCUCAAGGGGAAAUAUGCAAAGGAAUUGAUGGAGGGCUGGGUGGAGCAGACACCAGCAGAGAAGCACGUUUUUGAAGAUUUGGGGAUUGCGGCGUUCUUGAUCGAGGUGUGGGGGGAUAUGUAUGGUGCGGAUGGGGAAGAGGAGGGGAGCCGAAAGAGGGAUAGGAACGACGAAGGCGACGAGGAGUCUGAGAAACAGAGACAGGACGCAAGACGACUUCGUGCGCCGAGGAACUUCCCUGGUUUUGUGGAUAUCGGCUGUGGGAAUGGGCUACUCGUUUCUAUUCUCAAUCGCGAGGGAUGGCGAGGCUGGGGUUUCGACGCUCGAAGACGGAAAACAUGGGAUACGUUUGAUGUGGAGACUCAGGCGAAGUUGAAGGAGAUGUUGCUCGUGCCAGAGGCGCUGCGCACGUCUAGUACCCGUAAUGACACUGACGGGAAUGAACCAAGCGCCCCAACAGGCACUACAUCCCCAAACUCCGCAGUCACGUCUCACAACGGCAUCUUCCCGCCUGGCACGUUCAUCAUCUCCAACCACGCCGACGAACUUACGCUCUGGACUCCGCUAAUCGCACACCUCUCCUCCUCCCCCUUCCUCGCCAUUCCCUGUUGCAGUCAUGACUUUGGCGGAACCCGAUUCCGUGCCCGCUUUAAGACAACUGCUACUUCGUCUUCUUCGACUCCUUCUGCAGCUCCUUCUGAUCCCACUGCCACGAAGGAUACACAGAAGAAACUCCACCCCGGCAAACAACCCUCAGCUUACGCCUCCCUGUGCAGCUACCUCGCGUAUAUCGCUUCUGAAGUGGGCUACGUCCCAGAAAAGGAGUUCUUGCGGAUCCCUUCGACUCGGAAUGUUGCUAUCCUGGGUAGGAAGAGAGUGCAGUGGAGAAAAGAGGAGGAAGACACGGGUCUGGAAGAGAAACUGGAGUUCCUGAGGGGAUUAGUGGAGCAAGAGAUGCCGGAUUGCAGUAUUGAGCAAGUGUGGGCGCAGUGGGUGCGAAGGGGUGGCGGACUGGUAAAGGAGAAAAAGGGAGGUGGGCAUUAAGUUGCACUUGGAGUCAAUGGCACAGAAGUUUAGGAGGAAUUAAGCCUCUUCCC